UUGCCUCAUUUAAAAAUAUUUUAAUUAAGUUAUAAUUACAUUAUUUAAUUGGGAAGUUUAAUUAUUAGUUAUAACUUGUAGCAAGGCAUCACUUUGCAACACAUACACACAACAGGUUGAUCCUCUGAGUGCCCCUCAGAUUUAGGAUUUUCCUCCCGUGCUGUAACCCACCAGUCCCGGGGUGUUGGACAGGUGUUAUUGUAACCGGUGUGACGUCAGUCCGUGAUAAAAGAGAGAGAGAGAGGGAGAGAGAGAGAGAGAGAGAGAGAGAGAGAGAGAGAGAGAGAGAGAGAGAUAGUUGGUGUGGAGGCUGCAGAUCGCGACGGAUCUUCAGACAGGAGGCAGCAGCUGCAUCUUCUCCUCCUUCUCCUCCGUUCUUCACUAACAGUACCAGCAUCGUCCAGCCGGUCCGCAGGGCAACAGACCCGUUAAGGGGAAACGUGCAACAUGCCCGGUGAGCAGCUCCAGCCGGGCCCGGUGACUGUAACUCCACUUCUGGGGGGAUUUACGCGGACGAGCGAAUGGGGAGUUCUGGUGGAUCCGAAGCGCAGAGAGCUGUGAGUUGAAGGCGGAAAACUGGAAAACUUCAUUUUUCGGAGCAUAUUUUGUGUUUUGAUGAACAUGCUGUGGAGGAGGGGAUCAUCCCGGACAUCUGCUGCUGCUGCUGCUGCCGCCGGCCGCCCCUGCGCACCGUGACGCGCCGGGGAGCGCGGCAAGGACCCCGGAGAGACCGGGGAGGGAAAACAAACAUCUCUGCUGCUUAAAAUCUCCUCCACUCUGGAUUUGUCACUUCAGGCUCGUGUGUAAUUUCGUAUCCAGGAAAUGCCACCCAUCUCUUUCCUCCGUCCUCCUCUGGGUCGGAUCGGGAUGGAUGUGGCGUAGUGAGGAGGCACCAGCCUGCGGAUAAUCACACUUUGGACUUUUUAGCUCCCCGUGCGGCUCCCGGCUCUCCCUCAUGCAGCUCCUCCGGCUGGCCUGGGCUCUGACUGCCGCUGCGGUCUGCUUCCUGCUCCUCCUGCUCAUCCACAACCAGAUCCUGAGAGAAGGUCAGCUGGCAGCAGGGACCUGUGAGAUAGUCACUCUGGACCGGGACAGCAGCCAGCCGAGGAGGACCAUCGCCCGACAGACGGCCCGCUGCGCCUGCAGGAAGGGACAGAUUGCCGGAACAACAAGAGCCAGACCAGCCUGCGUCGACGUUCGUAUUGUCUGGAGUCGACAGUGGUGUGAGAUGACUCCGUGUUUGGACGAUGAAGGUUGUAAUCUCCUGGUCAAUCAGUCGGGCUGGACCUGCACGCAACCAGGAGGCCGAGUCAAGACCACCACGGUCUCCUGACAGCAGCGGCAAGGAGAAACGCUCCCCAGAGAGAGACUGGUUCCCAUUGUCCAUCGUCCAUUAACAACAAAUGGAGCAACCGCCGCUGCCACAGCUACUGAUGACCAAUCAUCAGCUGUCAUCAGAGCCACAAAGCAAGACGUUGAAACUCCCUGCUUCAUGUUUGGUGGACCUGUGGAAACUGCAGCAUGAAGUUCUUUCUAGGAAGGAAGUGACUGUGACUUAUUUUCCAGGAGAUCUGAAAAAGCAGAUUAUGAUGAGCUGCUGGAUCAAUUUCUUUUGUUUGGCACAAAACUCUGUUUCGUUUUUUACAGACCAAAGAUGAACAGAGCCAACGAUGAGACGUUUUUAGAGGGGAGGAGACUUUCAGAAGCCCUCUCACAAACCACCAUGUAAAAAAGAUGAACACAUUGUGAUAUUAUACAGUAAGUGACUUAACUGAGCAAAGUAAAAUUGUAUAUGAGUUAAUGGUAAAACAUGUAUCUGUAUGAGGAGAGAUGAAGCUGUUGAUGUUUUUGUUGGGACAGUACGGCUGUUCAUGUGCUGAACAUCAGUUGGUUUGAGAAAGUGACAAAUCAUAUCAGGCGUUUUUAUGAUAAGAACAUAAAACUUUGUGCACUUCUAUCAGACAGCUUAGAGGCAGUCAACCAGUCAACCAGUGCAGGAAAAAACAGAAAACUGUAAAUUAUCAAACUUUCAUCCACACAGAUGACGGACAUUAAAUCAACCCUAGACAAUAAAAAAUAAUCCAAACUCUA